AAUGUUGACCUUAAGCUUAGGGCUUAGAUCUGAGUAAGACUUCGAAUUAGAUCUAGAUGAUCUAGAUCUAGAAGAUCUAUAUACUUAUACUUAUAUAGAUCUAGAUCCAAUCAUUUAGACUAGAAUAGACCAAGACUUGAGCUAUAAUUGAUUAUAGAUCUAGAUCUAUAAAUUAGUCAAAAUGUAAAAUUGAUCUAGAUCAUAGAUGAUACUAGAUCAGUAGAUCGAUGUGGAUCAUAGUGACAGUUGUCAUCCCAUACCUGAACAUUUUAAUGCCUCCAGGAUCAUUGUGACAAGAUGUCAAUGAGUCGGCUUGACCAGCUGUACAGAAGACUUCUGUUAACAAAAUUUUUCACACAUGGCUGGGGAAAACCAGAAAAUUUAAAAAGACUGUUUGCCUUCAGAAAAAUUUUGUCUAACAGAGAAACAUGCCAACAUUUAGUCCCAGCAGAUUAUCCAAUUUACAUUGACAAGGAAUAUAAAGAUAAUGGAGCUAGGAUCUUGGAAGGUCAUUUUACAUCUCCCUUUGUUCAUCACCUGCCUGGCAUCAUGCCUAAAGAGGUGGAAACAGCAAGUUUCCAGGUGAUUCUGCCAGAUCAGUGGCGCAGUCCACCACUGAAACCUAUUUGUAUUCACCUGGCUGGAACAGGGGACCAUUAUUUUUGGCGGCGAAGGUUUUUUACAGCCAGACCAUUACUGAAAGAAACAGGCAUAGCUUCCAUUCUUUUGGAAAAUCCAUACUAUGGAACAAGAAAACCCAAGAAACAGCUGAGAUCCAGUCUGCACAAUGUUAGUGACCUGUUUGUUAUGGGUGGUGCUCUUGUCCUGGAGUCACUGGCACUAUUACAUUGGUGUGAGAGAGAAGGAUGGGGUCCUCUAGGCCUCUCUGGUAUAUCUAUGGGAGGACAUAUGGCUAGUGGUGCAGCAACUCUUUGGCCCAAACCUAUCUCAGUAAUCCCCAUCUUAUCUUGGACAACUGCAUCUGUUAUCUUCACACAGAUGGCAUCACUGGCAGCCACCAACUGGACCAAGCCAAUCUCAUUAAUACCUUGUCUUUCAUGGAGUACAGCCUCCUGCGUCUUCACUGAGGGUGUUAUGAGUGGAGCCAUACCUUGGCAGACACUGCAGGAACAGUUCUUUGAAAAUAGUGUCUACCAGGAGGAGAUAAGACAGCUUAUUACUUCCCCUGAGGAUCAACGCCGAAAAGCCUACGAUAUGGGUCAGCAGUUUGUUAAAGAUUAUUCUAACAGCAUUCUACAUAUGGAGUCCAUGCAUCAACAUAGUACUCAUCCUCAAAUCAAGAAAUCCACUCUGGUUAAGCAAAGUAUAGAACACAAAAAGCCCAGCAGGGGAAAAACAAAUUUAGAACUGGAUGCAGACAUGAAGGGGCCAAAGGUCUCUGACACCUUUUUGACUCCAGAUGAGUACUUAUCUCAUAUGAAUUCAGAGAUUAUUGACAAACCUAGUAGCACAGGGGACUUGACUGUUAACAAACCUAGUAGCACAGGGGACUUAACAGCAGCGCAGCAGCAGUCCUCUGCACAUUUAUCUCACUGUUCUAACAAACUAUCAUCUUCUGCAUCACCUUUACACUCAUCUAUUGUAGAACCUAUGUCUUUGAGCUCACUUGUACAGGAGUCAAAGCUUGAACCAGAUAGACCAAAUGAAAGCAUAAAACAAAAGCAGCAUAUGAAUAUGACUGCUGAAAGUGAGUCCCUUGGUCUGAAGUUUGCCCAGUCCAAGUCAAGGCUGAUGAAGCCAACAGUUGCAGGGGAGCAGGUGAAAGACUUGCAACAGGAGGCACUAGACUUUAUGAGGGGAGUCAUGGAUGAAUGCACGCACUUAGGCAACUUUUCUGUACCUGUCGACCCAGAGCUGAUAAUCAUUGUCUCUGCCAAGCAGGACGCCUAUGUUCCAAAAGAAGGUGUCCUUGGAUUGGAUGACCUUUGGUCUGGCUGUGAAGUUCGACAUGUUAAUGAUGGUCACAUUGGAGCAGUAUUAUGGCAUCAAAGUGUAUUUAGGAAAGCAAUAUCCGAUGCCUUUGAAAGACAAAUCAUCAAGUAUUAUCAAAACCCAGGACAACAGCCAAGUGAAAGUAUAAAGCAAGUCAAUAGUCAUUAGGUUUUAUUAAACUUUGAUUUUAAAUUUUAUAA